AUGGAUUAUUCUCCCCCCUUUGUUAGGGAAAAUCUGAUUGAAGAACUUGUUAAGGGUCGUGGAUUUGCUGCUCAGCUUCAACUUGUCCUCCAUCAACAACUCACUGGAUCAUCUGGUCAUGUGUCAGCCACGGAGGAGGAUUUGGUGACCAAGAUAUUGAGAUCCUUCACAGAAGCUCUUUCAAUACUGAGUUAUAGUGAGUCCGGCAAGGUUCCUGCGACUUCGCCGGCGCCGCCUUGUCGGGAUCAAAAUCGAAAGCGAUCUAAGAGAAGAAACGUACAAGAGUCAUGGACGAGGAUUACGGCUGUGCCUAUUGAAGACGGUUAUGCUUGGCGAAAAUAUGGACAGAAAGAGAUCCUCAAUGCCAAACAUCUAAGGUGCUACUUUAGGUGCAGCUAUAGAUUUGAUCAAGGUUGUCAAGCAACAAAACAAGUUCAAAGAACAGAAGAUGAACCACUAACAUUCUGGACCAAAUACACAGGCCACCACACUUGCCAAGAUAUCCUUAAAGCCUCAUUGGGAAUGGAUUCUACAGCUGAAGAAGGUGUUCUACUCAGUUUUAAUUCAAACACCACAAUCAAACAAGAGCCUCAUUUCUUCUCAUCUUUCCCUUCAAGCAAGGAAGAACACAAGAAACCAUUAUUCCCUCAAUAGAACAACAAGAAUA